UCUCAGUCCUUGUUUCGGUGCAAAUUUCAAACGCCAGUGAGUCGACAUUAACGAAGCGGCAGCCGAUCAACCGUCGGAGCGCCGCUUUCCCCUGAAGAAGAUCGUGUUUCUCUGGACGGAUCGUUUGUUCCCGUGGUGGCAACAUGAGAGUCAGUGAAGUCCACGCAGCAGAGUCUGUUGCCUACCUCAACAGAGCCCUGGUCAGGCUGCAGGAUAUCUGGGAGGAAAUCGGUAUUCCCGAGGAGCAGCGUCUACAGAGAACCAAUGACGUCCACAAGCACAUCAAAGGUUUGCUGGACCUGAUGAUCGCCGAGGAGGAAGAGCUCAAAAGGAGAUUGAUGAAAAGCAUCGAUGCCUGUCGACAGGAGCUUUUCAGUUUGUGCUCUGAACUUCAGCUGCCGCCCUUCGAGGAGGAGGAUGGCUGCACUAUGUUGCAGAUGGAGAAAAACAGCCGCACCCGUCUGGAGGUGAUGAAGGAGCACAAGCGGCAAAGGAUGGAUGAGCUUAAAGGCCUCAUUGGCAAAGACCGUGAGCUGUGUGACAUCAUGUGCACCACGCCUUUCUGCAUCGACCACGGCGCCAUCCCGUCACUGAAGCAACUGGAGUCGUAUCAGGCCUACCUUAAUGAUCUGUCCAAAGAGAAGGAGCAUCGCCAUGAGGAAUUUGUAAGCAUCAAAAAGGACAUUAUCGUAUGCAUGGAUGAUCUGGAGCAGACCCCAGAGACCAGUUUCGAGAUGGAUGUGAUGUGUGAAGACGAGGAGGCAUUUUGUCUGUCCAAUGACAACAUUGCUGCUCUGAAUAUGCUCCUCACUCAGUUGAAAGAACGAAGGGCUCAGGCUGAACUCCGUUGUUCAGCUUUGCGCACUAAGAUCCAGGAGCUUUGGGAAAGACUCCAGGUUCCCCAAGAGGAGAGGGAGGAACUCUCUGAGCAUAUGCUCAAGUCAAGAAAGAGAAACAUUGAAGCACUCCAGGCUGAGGUCCAGCGUCUAGAGGUGCUGAAAAUGCAGAGCAUGAAAAGUGUCAUCGAGAGCAUCCGGGCUGAGAUUGCCCUUUACUGGGAGAGAUGCUUCUACAGCCAAGAACAGCAGCAGAUGUUUGUUGCAUAUCAUGAAGAGGAUUUCACUGAGGAUCUUUUAAACCUCCAUGAAGCCGAGGUCCAGAUCCUAAAGAAGUAUUACGAGGAUCACAGAGAGCUCUUUGAGGGAGUCACAAAAUGGCAGGAGAACUGGACCUUGUACAUGGAACUUGACAAAAAGGCAAAUGACCCUGCAAGGUUCAACAACAGAGGUGGAAACCUUCUGAAAGAGGAGAAGCAGAGAUCUGACCUGCACAAAAGUUUGCCAAAGCUGGAAAAGAGUCUGAAGGCCCAAAUUGAUGAGUGGGGGCAGGAGCAUGGACGAGAGUUCCUGGUGAACGGUCAGGAAUUUCUUGAGUACGUGCAGCAGCAGUGGGCUCAACACCUCGAGGAAAAGGAGAAGGAGAAACUGGAGCGGCAACUAAAGAAAACUAAACAGACUCAGGAGGACAUGUUGUAUGGAACCUCCGUAAGGACACCGACCAAGAGGCGGGUACCAGGGACUCCCACGCCUGGGAAAGUCAAAAAGCUCAGGGGCAUGUCCACCAUCUCCACUCCCUCCAGCUUCCUCAGUUCUGGCCUUGGUGGGACAAUGUGUCAUUCCUCCAUCCAGAAACCACCUCUGUCUGCUAGCAAGGGUCUUGGCCUGCGAACUCCUGGAAAUGGAAAGACGCCUCGUGCACUAGACCGAAACAAGGAAAACAUCUCCCACCUUAGAAACACUCCAAGUGUCCCACUAAGGUCUCAGGAUACUCAAGAUCACACCUUCACCUUUAACUCUAUCGCUGGCUCCUAUACGGAAUUUGCGAAAGACCUCUCGAAGGCUUCUAAAUCCAACGUGAAGUCCGGACUGCUGAACUCCACCGCCAGUCUCCACUGAGGGAUCCCAGGACCUGCGUCACCACCGGGAGUCAUCCAGCUCAGCGGUAGUUUGGUAUUUGUUUUAGUUUUUUAUAUAUAUAUACUGGACAACAGGGAAACUUCUUAGAAACGUUGUAAAUAUUUGUAUCUAUUUGACCGUUUUAAAUCUCCUCAUCCUGUUCUCAUGAGAUUUUAUUUCAGGCUGACUGCUGCAGCAGUGUUCUCUGCUGUAGAUAUUCUUGUGUUGAUUUUAACGAUGUACCAUGGCAAUUUUGGCUUUUGAUCAUUUUUCUUUGAGGGUUGCACCCUUUUUUAAAUCGAAUGUUAUUCACCAUAUCUAGAGCACUACCGUUAGUAUCGUAGCAGUAAGCCAGCACAUUAAGAUUUUCUUCCUCCAGCUGGAAUGACAGCUACAUCUGUUCCUCAAAAGCUUGACACAUGAAUGCUUUUUUUAAUCGACCUGUAAAUAAACGUAAAAAAAAAAACGUUCA